AUGGACUGGAACUUCAAACUCAGCUCCGGUUCUUUCCCCGAUUUCGAGGAAGAAUAUGUACCGGAUUUAACUCCAAUAGAUGCCUCGGUUUCAUUUGGUGGGUCAUCAUCAUCAUCACCAAGACUGGAGCCAAAAGGAGAGUUCUCAUUUGAUCUGAAACUAGGAAGGAACAUAGUAAACUCCUCCUCUGCGUUUCGUAAUACAGAGCAAGUGACAUGUCUAAAGUGGAAAGAGAGUACCGCCUUGGCGAAACCAGAAGCUUCAAGAAGCUCUGGUUCGUCCAAAAGGACAAGAGGGAAUGCUACUGGGAACAACCAGAUCCCGCUUUGUCUUGUUGAUGGAUGUGAUUCUGAUUUUAGUAACUGUAGAGAGUAUCAUAAAAGACAUAAGGUCUGUGAUGUCCAUUCUAAAACUCCUGUGGUUACAAUCAGUGGUGAUAAACAGAGGUUUUGUCAACAAUGCAGCAGGUUUCAUGCUUUGGAAGAGUUUGAUGAAGGGAAGAGAAGUUGUAGGAAACGUCUUGAUGGACACAAUCGUAGAAGACGGAAGCCUCAGCCCGACCGUAUCGCUUCACAUGUGUUUCCAACUACAUCUGUUGGGACCCCGAGCAGCUGGGGAAACGGUCUUGUGAGCUUAGCUAUGGCCAGUGGUUCGAGUUACGGAGAGAACCAGAUAAAGCCUGACAUUAUGUUCCCAGAAACUUCUUCUCUAAAUAGCAGAGGGAAACAGUUCCCUUUCUUGCAAGAAGAAGUGAGCUCGAGAACAGCAUUCUUGUGUGAGAGAAUGACGAGUUGCGUCCACGACUCUGAUUGUGCUCUCUCUCUUCUGUCACCAUCUUCCUCAUCAACACCUCAUUUGCUUCAGCCACUACUUCCUUUUUCCCAAGAAACAGUAGAGACGGUUUUUAACCAGUCCGGAUUGUUUGAGAAUGCGAGUGCAGUCUCUGAUGGGUCGGUUAUAUCCGGUAAUGAGAUUGUGGCUCUUCGGCAAACGUUCCCGUUUCACUGGGAGUAGUACAAGUAGAUAGAUAGAAUCAGAAAGAUGUGUGUAUGUGCCUCUUUCUCUAUUCUCUUCUCUUUCUCUCUAAUUUUUCAAUGUUCUUUUAUCUUGUUAAAUGAUGAAUUGAUGGUGUAUAAACGGCUUAUUCA